CCAUCGUCUUAACUAGAGAUCUUUAUUCUUAACUAGAAGUCGAUUAGGAAGAAACCUCCCCAUUAACUUUGGAAAAGACCCAUCAAUUUCAAGGACCAAUCCACCACUAACCCGGCCUCAAAGUGAAAGUCACGCGUGAUUACAAUUUAUAAACAUCUUCAAGGAUGCAUUUGUACUUGCCACUUUAACGUUAGAAACAGUUUUACUUCUCAUUUGCACGCAGUUGAGAGCAAAGAUUGGUUGAGAGUGUCUGAGGACGUUCCUGAUCCCUGGGUUUGAUUUGUUACUGGAGAAUAACUUAAUGCAUAAUUUCAACAUAGUGAUGACAAACGUGUGUACCACCUAGUGAUGAACAGUGCAAGGAGGUGUCGUGACUGACCAUCGCUUAAGCUGAACCCGUUGGACUAAAUAUCGAAUUAUCCAACUUUAGGAGUACGCUACAUAAAUCUGAAUGAAGUGAGACACGUACGUGUUGAGCGAAAAGAAGGCAUCUGCUGAGCUGGGGAUACCCAAGUUAACCUCAAUGUAUCCCAUGUUAACAGCAUUGAGUAUGUUUUAUUACAUUUGCCUGCGGCGUAGAGCCCGAUCUGGAACAAGAGGAGAAAUAAUGAAUAGCCGCCGAGCUAUUGAGUCAAACAAUCGCAUCCUACCUCUCAGUGUUGAGCUGGUGCAGCAUGUCAAAGAGGUGGUGGACUUCAGUUCUCAGUAUGGGAGUGAGAACAGCUUGUCCUACACAAUGUGGAAUUUGUCUGGACUGCCCAAUGUCUACCCAAGUUCCGGGGAUUUCACUCAGUCGGCUGUGUUUCGGACUUAUGGAAGAUGGUGGGAAAAGUGUCCAGGUUCCCCUCAGCCAUUCAGGAGGAUACCUCGUACUUUUCAGAGCCAGGACUAUGUCGAGCUAAUAUUUGAAGAGGCGGUGUAUCCAACGGCUAUUGAUGUGUUGGAGACAUAUCACCCUGGAGCCAUUGUCAGGAUCCUGGCUUGCUCAGCAAAUCCUUAUUCACAGACCCCUCCAUCGGAAGUUAGAUGGGAAACUCUAUGGGCAGGGGACCCUGGGAAAGUGAAUAUCUUACAAGCUCGCCAAUUUACGCCAAGCAUUAAACAAAUUAACUUCACCACAAACCUUAUUCGCCUGGAAUUGAACAGUUCGCUGCUAGAAUACUAUACUGAAUUGGAUGCUGUCCUGCUGCAUGGUGUCAGGGAUAGAUUACUUCCCCUACAUAAACCAUCCAUGUUAGAUCUGGAAGAUGAUGACAAGGAAGAUCAUAGCAUAGAGUUCUUCAAUGAACAGUUCAGUGGAAAAACCUUGACAGAAUCUACCAAGAAUGGUUACUUUGAAAAAUUGCCUUAUGAGUUAAUCCAGCUGAUUCUCAGUCACCUGACAAUACCAGACCUUUGCCAGUUGGCACAGACCUGCAAGUUGCUACACCAGCAUUGCUAUGACCCUCUUCAGUAUGUCCAGCUGAGCUUACAACCUUAUUGGGCCGGCCUGAAUGAUGCGUCUCUGGAACACCUUCAUGCACGAUGUGCUCAUGUGCAGUGGUUAAAUCUGUCCUGGACAGGGAAUAGAGGAUAUAUCACCAUGCAAGGAUUCAGCAGAUUCAUGCAAGUGUGUGGAUUUGAGCUGGUGCGUCUAGAGUUGGCCUGUUGCCACUUCCUGAAUGAAACUUGCCUCGAGGUUAUUGCUCAGAUGUGCCCAAACCUCCAAGAGCUGAACCUUUCAUCCUGUGAUAAACUAAACACUCAGGCUUUCUGCCAUAUUGCUAAGAUCUCAGGUCUCCGACGUCUGGUCGUUUACCGCACCAAAAUUGAGCAAACAGCACUGCUCAGCAUUCUGAACUUCUGCUUGGAACUUCAGCACCUCAGCCUGGGCAGCUGUGUCAUGGUUGAAGACUAUGACCUUGUGGCUGGUGUAAUUGGAGCCAAAUGUAAAAAGCUGCGAUCCCUGGAUCUAUGGAGAUGUAAAAAUAUUACGGAAACUGGUCUAGCUGCUAUUGUAGCAGGUUGUCAACUCUUGGAAGAUGUGGAUCUUGGAUGGUGCCCAACUUUACAGAGCAGUUCAGGAUGCUUUGCAAAACUUGCUCGCAAACUUCCCAACUUACGCAAGAUUUUCCUGACAGCCAAUAGAUCUGUGUGUGACUCGGACAUCGAGGAGCUGGCUAGAAAUUGCCCUCGUCUAUUUCAUGUGGAUAUAUUGGGAACGCGAAUGGUAAGCGCUGGGGCCUUACAGAAGUUGCUGCAGUGUUGUAAAGAGCUCCAGCUGCUGGACGUUUCCUUCUGCUCCCAAAUCGACAGCCGAGUGGUACAAGAACUCAGCGCCAACUUCCCAAACGUGGCGAUUAAGAAGAGUUACACCCAGUGACUGGCCUCCUUGCUUCACAUUACCAAAAAUGAAUAAUCGGAUCUCUAGUCCUAAUUUGUUUACUGGGAUUUAACAAAACGCAUCUUAACUUGAAGCUUUAUUCCUUUACUCCUUGGUACAUUCCCACUUAAGUCCUCGUUGUGGGUUAUGGGCAAUUGCCAAAGGUGUAAUUGUUGCGAUAAUGCAGAGUGGAUCUGGCCAACGAAAUCAGCACUGACAAUAUGGAGAGAAUGAAUGAAAGUGAAGCUUUGAAAGGAACCAAGCACGUGUCUAUAAUAACUCAGAACCUAAGACGAUAUAUGUGACUUUAAUUGUAUCCCUCGGCUACAAAUUAGCAAGAAUCAGUAAAGUUUCAAAACAGGUUUAAGAUUUUUUUCCCCCAGAACAUACAUUUAAAUGCUAAAAUGGUGGAUAUGUCUUAGUUUAGUAGAAUGGAUGAUAAGACACUUGAUAUAUGUGAGUUUUAGACAUUAAGCAGUGCAGUGUUUUGAACGUUUGCAAUGGCAAUCUGGUACUUUGUGUGAUUGUACUGUUGACAGAGUAACGGUAUAUCUCAAAAAAAGAGUAGCCAGAGCUGACUACAACUUCAGUGCACAUCAGAGUGCAUGAAGGGGUUGCUUUGAUUUUGAUGGACAAAUCUUUACAUUGUCGAGGAAAAUACUGGUUUUCUGGUGUAUUUCUACACAGGUGAUAUUAAUAUAGUAUUUCACCUUGCACAAUAUUGAAUUCUAAGUUAUGCUAUUCCUCUUCAAAGUUUAAAGGACACAAUAGAUGCCCAUUGAAAUAUCUUUGCACACAAUUAUGAUUACAUUUGACUUCUGAAGGUUCUGAGUUUUAGUUUACGUUUGACCAGGAAUAAAUUGUUAACUCUCGUACUUUCCUCAUAAGACACAAUGUGUUGGAGCCUGUUCAUUAUGCAAUUGACGUGUAAGAAGGAACUGCAGAUGCUGGGUUAAAUGAAGAUAGACACAAAAUGCCAGAAUAAUUCAACGGGACUGGCAGCAUCUCAGGAGAGAAAGACCCUAAGGGUCUCGACUCGAAACGUCACCCAUUCCUUCUCUCCAGUCAUUAUUCAAUUAAGGUUUGCAUGGAUUUGUUUACUCAGCAAUUUGUCAAGCUUCUUCAUACGAUUGAUUCAUAGCUAUGUUGCAUAAUCACUAACCACUGCAGACAUAGCAAGUAAAUUUGAAAUCUUAUCUCAUUGUUGAGAACAAUGAUUGAGAUUGUUAUCUCUUCCCAUGUUAGACAUAUUUUACCAUUUCAAUUCUAAUUGGGUGAUAUGAGAAUGUUUCUCGUGAGGAAAAAUUAUAUUUAGGCAAUGUUAAUUGACAAUGUCAUCAAUAUGAAUUAUUUACACACCAUUAGAAUUUCCGCCUGUGUUCAUUAUUAAAUGUGGAAACAAUCACUCUAUAAACCAACUCCUUCGACCAGUUGUUGAUCCAGUAUGCUCUCUGUUCAUCGGUUUACAUUUUAAGUACUGUUAAAUGUUAUGAAAUUGAAUAUUUUGAUUAAUUUUGUGCAUGAUAUGUUGGUGUUUCAUGAGUAAGUUUAAUUUUCUUCCUCAUAAUCCUCACACAAAAUCACACUGAAUUUGAGUUGACGACUUGAUGAAAUAUGUCUCCAAUCAAGUUGAAAUGUUCUUGUAGAAAAUACAUAGUUUCUAUUAGCGUCCCCAUUUACAAUAUUAGUGGAAGUAUUUGUUCACUACUUUGGAAGAAUAACUUUUAUCAGGGAUUUACAGCGGAUUUAAAUGUAAUAAUCGGGUAUUUUACUGACUAUUUGGCUUAUUUGCACAAUAAAUGAGAAAAAUGCAAAAAUA